UCAGGAUCCAGGAGGAAGUAGGAAGCAGUCUGUGUUCCCCAGGACCUGCUGGCUGAGGGACUCCAGGCUCCCAGAAGGUGGCACCUCCGACGUGCCUGCCGAGAUGAGUCUGUCCAUGGAGGAGCUGGAGGCCACAGCUCAGGAAGUGCUGGGCAAAAUAAGGAGCCACCAGCCGUUCCAGUCCCCAUGGGACACUGCUGCCUUCAUCAUCUUCCUCACCUUCAUCGGCACUGUGCUGUUCCUGCUGCUGCUGGUCCUUGCCCACUGCUGCUGCAGCUCCCCCAGAUCCCGGAGCGCAAGCGCUGGGAAGGCAAGACACAAGGGAGUGGACAACUUGGCCCUAGAACCUUAACCCUGAGAGUCCCCACCGGCCACUUCCUGUGGGUCCUGCUGGGUGCAGUAACAAUGCCCUGCGUCUGCCCAGAGCCGGAGUCUGGGCUGUGUGCCAGGGAUUCACUGCUCCUUUAGGUGCCCACCUUGUCCCUCUAAGCCUUUAGCGGGGUCACUCCAGGUCACCCAGCUGAACUCCCUGGUAGAGCUCUUGUCACCACCCACUGGGCCCCUUGGCAGGCAGAGGGCCCUUUCCCGAAGGUGCAGGGAGCGGGAAGCCACACCAGAGAAGAGGGGUGGCCGCCAGCUCCUGACGCUGCCAGCCACCAGUCACCAGGAUCCCAGCCUGGGUCCCUACUCAGACACACAGACGGGGCUCCAGGCAAAGUCUGAUGGUCUUUAUUUCUUGAAGGGCCCCUGUCGGGCUGCAGCUCCCCGCUUCCCUCCCCACUCCCAGCUCAGUACCCCGCCAGCCUCAGCCCCCAGCGGGCAGCAAAGGGACAGAGGGAGGAGAGCCUGGGCCUGCCCCGCCCUGAGUCCAAAGGUGCCCACAGCGCCCAGGAGGGCAGGGCUCGGAACGUGGCCCCUCGGCCCCACCCUUCUGACCCCUAAAUACACCAGACCAGUGUCCCCUCCA